GUUGAUUGAGUAGAUUGUGUUGUUAAAAAGAAGGUAACUACAAUAACUUGGAGCUUUAGAUUUAUGUUUUUGUACAACUUUUGAACUUAGUCAGAACUUCGAGUGAAACUCUAGAAAUUUUCUAUUCCACUCCUAAAAAAAUUGCCUUUUUAUAAUUUUCUUUUCUUUUACAUUAUGCUGUAUUUUCCGUCCUGAGGGCAGAAAAACUCAACUAAUGGAAAACUAACCUUUUGUCUGUUUGCUUUACUGUCGUUAAAAGUUUGAAAUCCGCUAUUUGUUUUUACGUUAAUGAUGAUUUAAUUAAUAAUAUGAACACAAAAAUUCAGCAAAACAUUUACUGCCUUUCGUAAUCAUUUGUGUAAUUAUUCACAGGUGCAUAUUCUGUUGCAAGGGUACAGUCGAAUGGCUUUUAGCAUUAAAUACCAUUAAGCGAAAUGUCGGAGAAGUUUAUUGUUGCUAUUUUGCCUGCUGCACCUGUGGUAAAUAACAUUACUGUUCAUAACAGUGAAUUUCUGCUGGAACAUGUAAAUACACAGGAAACCGCUCUGAAUUUGUCCAAAAAGAUGCAAGUGACUUUGCUUGAAGAUGAAGCAAAUACCCAGGAUGCAGCAUUAAAUUUGUCCAAGAAGAUGCAAGUGUCUUGGUUGCAGGAAGAUGCAUAUUUUGCAACUGAAUUCCAGGAAGAUGUUGAUUUUACAACGGAAGUGGUUGAGGAAAAUGCAAAUUUUACUACUGAAUUGCCUUUGAAGGAUGGGAAUUUUUCUUCUAAAUUGGACCUGGAAGAUUGUAAUUUUGCUUCUAAAUUGGCCCAGGAAGAUCUGAAUUUUGCGUCAAGCUUGGUCCAGGAAAAUGAAAAUUGUGCUGUUGAAUCCACCCAAGAAGUUGCUAACUGUGCUAAUGAAUUGGUGCAAAAUGAUACAAAUUUACCCACUGAAUUUGCUCAGGAAGAAGCAGAUGCUGAGGAAACAGUAGAUGAUCCUUGUGAAGAGAAAGACACAAAUAAUGAAAAACCUACGUGUGAUACCUGUGGUAAGGUAUUCACCCAUAAGCAAACUCUGAAGGCUCAUUGCUUGCUUCAUGCUGGAGUGAAACCUUUCGUUUGUAACAUUUGUAGUCGAGCUUUUGCAAAGAAACACACUCUCAAGAAUCAUUAUAUGAUCCAUGCUGGAGUGAAACCUUUUAUUUGUGAAGUGUGUUACAAGACUUUUUCAAAAAAAUGUAGUCUCACUAUUCAUUCCUUAACUCAUACAGGUGAACGUAAAUACCACUGUAGUAUAUGUAAUAAAACUUUUGCUCGAAAAACUGAUUUGCAGAAGCAUCAUUUGACACAUACUGGUGAAAAGCCAUAUGUUUGCGAUUAUUGCCAUAAAGGUUUCAGUCAUCAGAAUAAUCUAAGAAGACACAAGUUUAAACAUACAGGGGAACAACCAUAUACUUGUGAUGUGUGUCUAAAAACUUUUGCACAGAAGGAUGUUUGUUUGACACAUAUGAAAAAGCAUUUAGAAGAAGCUGGCAAAAAGGCAGAACGUGGAAAUGAAGCUGGUUUAGAGAGCCGUUUAAAAUCCAUAAUUUUGGAAAAACUUCACACAUGCGAUGUUUGUAACAAGUCUUUUGCCCGGAAUGAUCGACUUAUGAGGCAUAAGCAAACUCAUUCUAACAGUUCUGUUACAUGUGAAGUUUGCAAUGAAACAUUUCAGAAUAAGUUGCAUUUACAUAUGCAUCUCUUAAGCCAUGUUGAAUUUCCGUUUGAAGAUUUUACGUUUGAAGAAUGUGAUAAAACACAAGAAGUUGUCCAAGUUCCAAAAGUAAAAGUUAAAAAGACUCAUCAAUGUGAGUUAUGUUUCAAAAUUUUUAAACGUAAAUCAUCUUUAAAAGAUCAUUAUUUGACUCACACUCAAGAAAAACCACAUGAGUGUCAUGUUUGUCAUAAACGUUUCACGUUGAGAAUCACUCUUGAUCGCCACAUAGUAGUUCAUACUGGUGAAAAACCACAUGAAUGUGAGAUUUGUCAUAAAAAAUUUGCCAGAAAAACAUCCCUUCGUAAACAUUAUGUUACUCAUUCAGCUCAAGAUCGAUUCUGAAUCUUGGUGCACAUGCUGUGCAGGAUAUAUUUCAUUAGUAUUUCUUUAUAUAUUAUAAUACUUUCAUAUUCAUAAAUAUGGCCAGUACCAUUUAGAACUUUCACGGGACAUUUAUUAUGUUUGUCAACUCUGAUUAUAUGUAUGAAAAUUUUAUAACAGCAUGGACAUAUUCAUUUGAUGUUUUUCUAAAGCUAAAUUUCUUUCUGUCCUAUUAGCCCAAGAAAUUGUAUUAUGCAUUCUGCUCAAAAAUAUAUUUGAUUGUUUUGAAAGGAACUAAAAUAAUGACACAAGAAUAUAAGUAAGGUAGAUAUUAUCAAAAUAACCCUAUGUAAUAUACAUAUUUUUAGCUAAUUUUUGUAAAUUUAUUUUAUUAAAAAAGACCUUACAUUGUAAUUCCUUAAGUUGUUGAAAACAAUUCAGUCCAAGUUUUUAAAUUAUGUUUUGAGAAAUGAGCUACUAAAGAUUUAAUUAGAAAUAUUUUUCCUAAGUUGUUAAAGUCUUUUUAAACUCAUAAUUGACUGUCAUCUUUUCAGCCUAUGAACCUUUUAAUGGUCAUCAACAAGCUGAGCUUGCAUUUUAGUUACACGGUGCAUAAUUGAAAUGCAUUGCUCACAAACAAGGAGCUUGUUACAAAUUUACAAUUGACAGAUUGUGCACAUUUGGGAAGAAAGAAUUGCUUAAUCUAGGAACUGCCAAAGGAAAAAUGUUUUAUUAUUAUUAUUAUUAUUAUUUAUUAUUUAUUGUUUAUAGCUUUGAAAAUUCAUGCUUUGCAUGCAAGAAGUAAAUUUUAGAACUUACUCAUUAUAAUGGUCCCUAUCCUCACAUAGCAAUAAUUUUCCGAACUACAUUGUUUAAAGACUUUCAUAAAAUAGCUUUUAGUUAUUCUAAAAAGAACAUACUAUUAAUUUUUAAGUUUAAAGUUUUUAUUUGUGGAAAAAAAUAUUUAAUAUUUAAAGGAGGUUCAGUGAAUACGUACUUUAAUGGGAAACAUAUUUUGUAAUAACACUUGUACACAUUUACGUUUUUUAGUGUUUUUUCGGGAGCUAAAAUAUGAUGGUAAAAUAAAACAAAUUCAUUAGUUUAAUGCUUAUAUAUUAUUCAAAUAUAAUGUUACCAUUUCUUCCAAAAAGCCUUCACUCUGAUAAAGAAAAGGAUCACAAGACUUAGCAUGACCCAGAAGGAUUUGGGAAUCUGCAAUGACACAAAUAUUGUUGAACAAAGUAUGACAAAGAAAUUGUUAUCUAAUUUAAUGGCAUUAUUUUUACUUAUUCUGAUUUUUAUAACGUUCAUAUAGAUUCAGGAUCAAGGAAUGAAGUUGUUGAAAAAAAUUAACUGUUCCAUAAUGGAAAAUGUGAGCAUUUUUAUUAUUAGUAUGCUUCAUAAACAAAAUUACAUAUUGAAUUUUUAAAAGUAGAGUUUGGGAUAUAAUAUAGAUGUAAUUUUAUCAUUGCAUAUGGUGUGUAAUCUUAGGCUAAUAUGAAAUAAUUUUUAAUCUCCCACCAAAAGAAAAUUUAAAACAUAGUUUAUUUUCAUUUUUAUUUAGUUUCAUAAAUGUUAGUUUUUGUUGUAAAUUUGGAGCGUUGUGGAUCUUUAUGCUUGUCUUAUUUAAUCUCCACUCCAUUUGGUAAUCUCGCGUUAUCCACUAAUCCCAUUCGCGGAGUUGCCAGUUGUUUGUGACUAAUUUUUCAACAACCUAGCACAUGGAAAAGCCAUUUUAAAAAAUAGUGGCACACUAAAAAUUGCAUAAAACAACAACAAAUUAAUGGACUUAAAAACAUCCAUAAAGAAAUACUAAAAACUUACAAAAAAAGCAACAAAUUAACUAAAUUUAAAAUGCAACAAGCAUUCAUAAUAAAACACUACUUUCUUUUUCCCUCGUCUUCUGUCCAUGUGCACAUCGAUCUGUUUUAACUUGAAACACAUCACAGAGUUGAAGAAUUAUCUGCAUUGCCGAAGAAACUGGCACUUCUCCUCUCCAUGUACACAUUGACCUGUUUUAAUAUAAAAAAAGUAUCAGAGAAUCGCACAAAUUCAUUUCAUGGAAUGUGCAACUAGGCAAAAUGCAAAAUUUCUGAAAAAAUGCAGAACUUUUUUUGGUACUUUUCCGUUUCGCCGGCGCAAAUCUCGCCAAGCAGACUUUAUUGGC